CUCAAGUGAUCUGCCCGUCUCGGCCUCCCAGAGUCCUGGGAUUACAGGCGUGAAGCACUGCGCCUGGCCUAGCUGGUUCUCUUAUUCUCUGUCAGCCUGUAGCGGGAGUGGCAUGCUGUCAGCUCAGGUCCGACACUGCAGGGUUCCCAAACUCUGGCCUUCCCAGGAGAGCGCCGCAUUCAGCGACUCGGUGCCGGGCACCUCCUGCCUGCGGGAUUAGGUAGAAGAAGCUCAGCCAAUCCUGAGAGCUCGGAAGCAAGGAAGGCGGGACAAGGAGGAAAAGUUGAGGACAGAAGCGCCACCCAAUCCAACGCCUGACUGUAAACGCGAUGGCGGCGAGCACCCAAUUGCAGAUGGCCGUUAGAGGGAGGCUGGGAGCCACUGGUGGGGACCUUUUUUGGGCCCCCUUUCCUUCGUGGGGUACUAUGGAGUUCCCAGAACACAGUCAGCAGCUGCUGCAGAGCCUCCGGGAGCAGCGGUCCCAGGGUUUCCUUUGUGACUGCACCGUGAUGGUGGGUAGUACCCAGUUCUUGGCCCAUCGGGCUGUGCUGGCCUCCUGCAGCCCAUUCUUCCAGCUUUUCUACAAGGAGCGGGAAUUGGACAAGAGGGAUCUGGUGUGUAUUCACAAUGAAAUUGUCACGGCCCCAGCCUUUGGGCUUCUUCUGGACUUUAUGUAUGCUGGCCAGCUGGCCCUGAGAGGGGAUACCCCUGUGGAGGAUGUGCUGGCAGCUGCCAGCUACUUGCACAUGAAUGACAUCGUCAAGGUGUGUAAGCGGCGGCUUCAAGCCCGGGCCCUGGCAGAGGCAGACAGUACCAAGAAGGAGGAAGAAACCAACUCACAGCCUCCUAGUUUGGAGUUUUUGUCCAGUACUGCCCGUGGCCCCCAGCCUUCGUUGUCAUCUGCUGAGACAUCAGGCCAUUGGGGCAAAGGGGAAUGGAAAGGCUCUGCUGCUCCCUCACCUACUGUCCGUCCCCCAGAUGAGCCACCAAUGUCCAAUGGGGCUGACACUACACAGCCUGGCAUGGAGGUUGACGCACCACAUCUGCGGGCACCUCCUCCACCGGUGGCUGAUGUCUCUCUUGCCAGCCCUAGUAGCUCCACUGAGAGCAUUCCUGCAAACUACUACUCUUCUGGCAUCCCAGCAGUUUCAUUGGAGUCACUGCCAACUCUUGAUGUGGGUCCUGAGAGUCUGAGGGUGGUGGAACCAAGGGAUCCUGGAGGACCACUGCAAGGCUUCUAUACCCCAGCCUCAGCCCCCAGCUCAGCUCCAGCCCCUGUCUCAGCCCCAGUUCCAUCCCAGGCUCCAGCCCCAGCUGAAGCUGAACUGGUCCAGGUGAAAGUUGAAGCUAUUGUGAUCUCUGAUGAAGAGACCGAUGUGUCAGAUGAACAGCCUCAGGAUCCUGAGAGAGUGUUCCCACCUGGAGGAGCAGUGUAUGGGGGACAGCCCUCCCAGCCAGAGGCUUUUGAAGACUCAGGGGCAGCAGGACUGGAGGAGGUGGGGCCAAGUGACCACUUCCUGCCUUCAGACCCUCAUCUACCCUACCAUCUGCUGCCAGGUGCAGGGCAGUAUCAUCGAGGACUGGUGACCUCACCCCUGCCUGCGCCCGCAUCCGUGCAUGAGCCACUUUACCUGCCUUCUGAGUACGAAGCAGGUCCAGGAAGCUUUGGGGUUUUUACUGAGGAUGUUCCCACCUGCAAGACAUGUGGGAAGACCUUCUCAUGCUCUUACACACUACGGCGACAUGCCACGGUGCACACACGUGAGCGACCCUACGAGUGCCGCUACUGCCUGCGGAGCUACACACAGUCAGGGGACCUCUACCGCCACAUCCGCAAGGCUCACAACGAGGACCUGGCCAAACGCAGCAAACCGGAUCCAGAAGUGGGACCCCUUCUAGGGGUGCAACCUCUCCCUGGCUCUCCAACAGCAGACAGACAGAGCAGCAGUGGUGGAGGGCCACCCAAAGAUUUUGUACUUGGCCCCAAAAACUAACAUCUAAGGAGCAUGAGCUGACGCUAGGCUGCUCUUACCAUCCUUAGAUGGCAGCUCAGAAGGUUGGUGGCAUCUCAUCACCCCUGCUCGGUGACAAGAAUAAAGGUUCUGCCCAGGCUGAAAGUUCCUACCCUUUUCUGUUUUUUUUUUUUUUAGUUUUUAGUUUUUUGAGACGGAGUCUCACUCUGUCACCCAGGUUGGAGUGCAGUGGCGUGAUCUCGGCUCACUGCAAGUUCAGCCUUCUGGGUUCACGCUGUUCUCCUGCCUCAGCCUCCCAAGUAGCUGGGACUACAGGUGGCCAUCACCAUGCCCGGCUAAUUUUUUUUAUUUUUAGUAGAGAUGGGGGUUUCGCCGUGUUAGCCAGGAUGGUCUCGAUCUCCUGACCUCGUGAUCCGCCCGUCUCGGCCUCCCAAAGUGCUGGGAUUACAGGCAUGAGCCACCGCACCCGGCUGCUUUUUUUUUUUGAGACAGUCUUGCUCUGUCGCUCAGGCUGGAGUGCAGUGGCAAUUUCAGCUCACUGCAACCUCUGCCUCCUGGGUUCAAGCGAUUCUCCUAACUCAGCCUCUUGAGUAGCUGGGAUUACAGGAACGCACCACCAUGCCCAGCUAAUUCUUGCGUUUUUAGUAGAGACGGGGUUUCACCAUGUUGGCCAGGCUGGUCUCGAACUCCUGACCCCAGGUGAUCGCUCACCUCGACCUUCCAAAGUGCCGGGAUUACAGGCAUGAGCCACUGUGCCCGGCCUCCUACCCUUUUCUUUGCCCAGCCAGAUAAGCAGGACUCUGUGGGGCAGAGAUAUGACAGCUCUCUCCAAGGGCACUGGGAAUUUUCCUGAGGUAUAAUCGCUUCUCACUGUAUGUUCUGGAACAUAAAGCUAGGAAUGAAAGUAUUUCUUUGAA